GCUCCGUCCCUCCGCGCUUUCACUCAGACAGACGCGCAGGACAGUCAUUGGAGUAGUGCAUCUGCUGCGGCUGCUGCUGCUGCUGCUGCUGCUGACAUCAGGGAUCCAGCUCGUCACACCCCCCCCCUGUCACCGUGACGGUCUGGGAUUCCUCCAGUGCACGGGUCGGGGAUGCGCAUCUGGACCGGAGAGCGUCCCGGGGACAGUUACACAUCGACUGCACAGGGGAAACAAGCAAUCCGGUUAAGGACAGUUUGGGUAGCCUACUGAGGGGAUGGCAGGCGCAAAGUGCCUUUUGAAAACGCCGAGUAACUUUCAGUCGUCUGCCAUGUUUGAGGUCUCAGACUCUGUGGAAGUGGAGGGAGGCACCUCAGAAACCUCUGUGGCCUCGUCCAUCAGCGCCUGUAAGAAGGUUCUGUGCAGUAACAGUGUGCUGGACUCAUCCGAGUACUGGCUGACAAACGAGAAGGUCCUGUGCAGACUGGGCCUGCUGGAUAAUGACACGGAGGGCAGCUGCGCCAUGAUGUGUUUUGUAAAUUUGGACCCUCAGAAAACUCACGAUGAAAAAAGCAUCAAGAAAUUGGCUUCAAUGUCUCCAGACCUGCCAAAGCUUAUUGAAUUAUUGACUAUCCACCAGCCAAAAGAAAAUGAAAUCCUACUGCUUGGGGGCCUGGAAGCCCCCGAAACUUGCCAAAAAAACCAACGCUCCUCUCCGCAGGCCAAACAGCAGAGAAAUACAGGUGUGUGCCUGCUUCAGUGUUCAGGGAAGAGGCACUCCAUGACACCUUCAAGCAUCAUCUUUGAGAUCAACAAGUUCAUGAUUGGUAUGCAGUGGGGAAAGGAACGACAGUCUCAGCACGGCCGACCAAUUGGACAGAGGGUUGAUGAUGACACCAACCGCUCUAUCUCAUCCAUAGAAGAAGACUUCCUGACAGCCUCCGAGCACCUUGGGGAUGACAGCGAGGAUGAUGGCUUGAGAAAUGAACCAGAGAGUGGUAACUUGGGAGAGAGCUCAACUGAAGCUGCGCAGAAGCACUUUAUCAGACAUUCAUGUCACGGGGGACAGCUGGUUCAUCAUCCGAAUCAGGAUGUGAAAAGAGAAGGGCAUCCAAGACCAAGCCACCAUACAAAGGAAUCAGCUGGUCACUAUGCUAGCAAUUUGGCUGAGUCAGUCCUGCAAGAUGCCUUCAUACGACUUUCUCAAGAUGAGGCUUCCUUUAUCUCUGAGGCAGCUGUAAGCGUCUCCCUUUCUACUUGUCCUUCCAACUCCACUGGUCCAUCAAAGAUGAAAGAAUCUUCACAACAACGUACCUGCUCUUUUGAACUUCCCAAAAUUGUCAUAGUUCAAAGUCCAGACAUUUCUGAUGAGUGGCCAGAGAAUCACGCGGCUGGCGUGCAUGACCACACUGCCAAAACUGAAGAAAUGCCACAGAACGAGACCCAAGUUCACACUGUACAUUACAACGGAGGGCAGAAACGUGUAGAGGUGGCUUUGGCUUGUGCCGCCAGUGUUAUUGGCACGAUUACUAACCCACAGUUGACUGAAACGCUCGCCCUCAAGUCUUCCUCAGAUGAAGAUAAAGGUGAGGAGCUGCAAGAUGCUGAGGAAAAAAGUGACUACUCUAUCUCCUCAGCUAUGUGUGGCAUGGCGCAGGUGGCUGGAGCAGUAGCAGCUGUAGAGCUAAGAGAGAAGUCAGAACACGGUGGUGAUUCUGAUGAAGAUUCCACUGAGGUUUACACGGCAUCGCAGGGUCUGAUGUCUGCCGCCAAGGCCUCUGCAGCUUUCCCGCUGCACUGCAGUGUGGCAGAGGGAACAAGCGUUGAAGCUUUUCGAGCCAACAUUGCUGAGAUCCUGCACAGGGAAGCCGCUGAAGUGCUGACUCAACCACAAGGCUACAGGAGUGUUGCACAUCUGCUGGAGACCACACAUAACAAGAUAGUGGAUGGUAUCACAUGUCCAAAAAAAUGCUGCAUGGACGAAAGGGAGGUGGAGGACUUGAUAAAUGAAGUGGCAGACGGCCUAUUCAAGCAUGCUUUAGAGAAGGCUAAAAAGAAAAAAGAGCUUGAGGGUGCUGGAAAAGAGAGUCAAAGCCUUCAGGUUUUUAUGCAGGACAGUGUAAACAACUUGCUUUUUGAUAUUCUUUAUGUGACGCAAAAAAAAAUCAGUCACAUCUCAAAAUGUGAACAAGGGUCCAGCGUAACACAAGAAGGUGGCGUAUCUGGUCGUGAGCUUGCUACUGCAAAGGAAAGUAAGGAUCCAUUACGUCAUGUACAGAGCUUAAGUGACAAUAGUGAAUCCAUUAACAAUGAGAACCUGAGUGGCAUAUUACCUCAUACAGAUAAGUCUCCUGUCGUACCAAGCUUUAAACAAAAUCCUGUGCUUGAGGACAGUGACGUUCCUGCAGCUUCCAUCACAGCAUACUUCAAAGAGCAACAGCAGGAGUCAUUAUGCAGACAAAGUCAGUCUAAAUCCAAAGACUUGUCUGAUCCACAGCAGGGUAGUGGAGCAUUCAGAGAACCUUUAAGUGAAAUCCAAGUUCACAGCACAGAUAGGAGGGGUCGACUAGUGACAAGCAGUGACAGCAAACAGGCCUCAUUAACGCCACAAUCCUCCCUCAACUCGUGCAAUUCUCUGCUUUCUUUGAAGCUAGAGUCUGAGUCCAGGACACCGGUUUCGUGCUAUGCUGAGGAUUUGGCUACUACAGUGGUGUCCAUGGCCACAGAACUGGCAGCCAUUUGUCUGGAAAACUCGACUGGGAAACAACCCUGGUUCUGUGCCCUCACUGGAACAUCUAAUGAAGGGCCAGAAGCGUACCUGAUACCGGCGUGUCGCACAGUGCUUAGGAGAAAAGAGGGUCAGAACGGCAAUACAUCCUCCAGGAAACAUCGGGCACCACGCCUCAGUGAGAUUAAGAGAAAAACAGAGGAACAACCAGAACUAAUGGAGAGGCUGGUAAACCGGGUGGUGGAUGAGUCAGUCAACCCUGAUGAACCUCAGGACCCGUUUGCCCUUUUUGCCUCUGAAGUCACAGCCAGGAUCAUGAACUGCCCUGAACUCAAUGUGGUGGAUACGUCCAAAUCAGGCCAGCAGCGCAGUAGGCUGCAAUGUGAGAGGUGGAGCCGUGGGAAAGCGUCCAGUUAUGAAAGCAUUCCAGAAGAAGACGCAGACCCUUUGGGGAGAGCCAACACCCUGGGCCCCGGCAGUCGGUUAGGUCAGAAUUUAAGCCGGGGUAGCUCGAUCUCUAAGCAGUCUAGCUGUGAGAGCAUCACGGAUGAGUUCUCACGAUUCAUGGUAAACCAGAUGGAGACUGAAGGCAGAGGCUUUGACCUUCUGCUGGACUACUACGCAGGGAAAAAUGCCAGCAGCAUUCUGACUGCAGCUGUGCAACAGGCUGCAACAAAGAAAAAUGGACACCUUAACAUCAGGGCUUCAUCCUGUUUGUCUAAGCAGUCUAGCACAGAGAGUAUCUCAGAGGAGUUCUACCGGUUCAUGCUUCGAGAUAUGGAUAAGGAAAACAAAGACUAUAGCAUGGCCAAGACUAAAGAGUGGAGCAACAGCCUUUUCCCUCCCUCUCCUAGAUCACCUUUCUGCAUAAGACAGUCCUCUGUCCCUGACCGGCGCUCCUCAGAUUCUCGACUGACUGUCAACUCGCCCAUAAAAGCCAACUCUUUUGACGGAUUUGCCCGUAAUGUGCAUGGAGACACAUUGAAUAUUUUCCCCACCAACUCAGUGUCUGCUACAGGACUCUGUAAAUCUGACUCAUGCCUCUAUCAAAGGGGCAAGACUGACCAUAUUACUGAUAUGCUGAUCCAUGAAACCUGGUCAAGUUCUAUUGAGUCCUUAAUGAGAAAGAAUAAGAUUAUUCCCGAUCCUGAGGACGGUAUUGAGUUGGAGGCUUCAGGCGACUCCCAGACCCAUGUGCAACAAUUUGCCAAUCGACUGGCAGCUGAUAUUGUAGAUAUUGGCAAGUCUGCACUUGGGGGACAACAAGAUGUAGCUGGGGGAAUGCCUGGACCACGCCCUCAGCCACACUUGCCUGUUGUUGAAAGGAGAAGGGGGUUCAAGCAAUCUCACCUUCCUUGUGGUCGGAGUAGGUCCAGCCAGGAGCAGGCUGGCAGUAGAACGGGGUCCCAGGCAAGUGACAGUGCUCCUUGCACAAGGAGCCUCAGAGAUGUGCCACUGAUACACAUUGAGGGAGAUCAAAGGGUGGAAGAGAGUCAAAUGAACCCUGAAAGAAGAGAUGGAGAAGCUCAGGAAACACUGCUUUUGGAGAAGGCUACUGCCAACAAUGACAGCAGUGACAGGGACAGGCCAGCUGUGGUGGUGGCUGCGGUAGUCAAGAGGGACAAGCGUUCAAUGAGUGCUAGCAGUGAAGAGAGCAUGGGCAGCUGGUCCCAUAUAACCCCUGAAGAUGACCCCCACGAGGAGACCAGUAGUUUUAUCCAGCUGAGUGAGGGGAAUGGGACAAGCAGCACAUCUAGUCUCGGCCUGGCAGACCUGGAUGCUUUUUCUGAUGUGACAACUCAGAGCACAGUAACCAGUGAGGAGACAGAAGAAGGACACCUGGCAAGAACCAAAGUGAAUGUUUUUGAGAACAGUUCAGCAUGUACGGCAGGAGGCAGUACCAAUCUCAGAGAGCUCUUAGUGGUAAACUGCGACCUGGAGCCAGAAUGUAUGGACUCAGAACUCAGAGUGGCCCUGCAGUGGAUCGCCGCCUCUGAGCUGGGCUUCCCAAUUCUCUGCUUCAGAAAAUCCAAGGAGAAGAGGGUUGCAAAGUUCCAGAGGGUGGUUCACCUGAUAUCUCAAAAGGCAUGGCGAAUUGCAGAUUUGUUCAGUGCUGUAGUCCAAUUCUGUAAGCUACAAGAGAAGGAGGACGAGGCGGGACUGUCUCUCCAAGCCAGUCUGUUUGAUUGGCUUUUGGAGACUCUUUAACAAACUCAUCCCCACCCUCCCUUUAAUGGAAACAAAGACACACGCUAUCAUUUAUUCUCACAAAAUUGUAAUAUUUGUCUUCACUGACCCCAUCCUCGAUCAUUGCAGCAAUGAAUGAACAUCUCCCUUUAAGCAGAGCAUGUUUUUGAUUAUCCCCUUUAUGAUGCUAGUGAAUUGCACACAAACUUAGGUAUGUGGGUUGGCCACUCCUGUUAGGAAUGAACUUACUCUCAAAUUAUUACAGUCAGCAGGUUCUAACUGCUGCAGAUUAUAUACUGUAUAUAUCUAUAUAAAUAUGACUGUAUUAUUUACAUUUAUUAAUGUAUUUGAAACAGACAAAUAUGAAGUAAAAUACCUGAAAGGAAAAUAUUGUUAAAUUCAUGAAACAUGCUGAACUUUUUGUAAAAAAAAACAACAACAAAAAACAAAGAGGCUGUUUCAGUCCAUUAAAAAAAACGUUAGUCUCUUUUAUUUCCAUUAGGAUGUGUACAUUUGCUUAGGUAAGCAAGCCGUCUAUAUCUGUGUUGUGUUCAUCAGCCAACCCCUGUUGUGGCUUUAAUAUUCAGUUCUAAGUAAUUAUGUGAUCUUAUUCCAAUUACUUAUAAGCUGAUUAUUUUGAAUAGUUGUGCUGUAAAUACUGUAGAUUUGGAUUUGCUGCACAUUGGAGUAGUGGGCUGCUCUCUUUUCGCUUUUACUAUGUCCAAAAGACAGAGUGAGGUUUGUAAUGUUGAAUUUGUAUGUGGAGUUGGUCUGUAAAUUUCUCUACUUAGCAGUUAAUGUAGUGUUACAUCAGCACUAGGGGAAAUAAAGCACACAAUUCAGUUGUAAACUAUGUCACAGUAGAACUGAAUGUAUUUAUCUUUUGACAU